CUGGUGUUUGUAGUGACUUGCCCUGUGGCUAAUGGCCAGUGUGAGGGACCUGCCCCCAACCCAAUAGCCGCAGGUCUGUCGGGAGAGCCCUUAAUCCCUGGCAGGCCUUGGGUGUCGGCUCCGAUGUCGGCCCAUCAGUCCACCGCCCCCGCUCCCUGCCUCCUGAAGUGGUCACCCUGCCAAGGCCAGGGCUGCCUGCCCACCUGGUAGGCCCGGGUGCAGCCUCAGCUGGUCCAGCAUGCUGGGCACCGCGCUCCUGCUGCUGGCCCUGCUCCCGGGGACGACCACCUUGCCCAGCGAGCCACCUGCGCCCCCGUUCCCCGCGGCGCCUGGGCCCUGGGGGCGUCGACCCCUUUUCAGUCUGGAGCUGUCGGACGCGGAGGACGUCUUCCCGCGCCGCGCGGGACCGCUCGAGGUCCCGGCCGACAGCCGCGUGUUUGUGCAGGCGGCCCUGGCCCGCCCCUCCGCGCGCUGGGGCUUGGCCCUGCACCGCUGCUCGGUGACACCGUCCUCACGCCCGACCCCGGGCCCCUCCCUGGCGCUGCUGCGCGGUGGCUGCCCCGCAGACUCCUCGGUCGCCUUCCCGCCACCGCGGCCGCUCCCGGGUGCCGCCCGCCCCGCGCGCUUCAGCUUCCGCCUGCGCCCGGUCUUCAACGCCUCUGUGCAGUUCCUGCACUGCCAGCUGAGCCGCUGUCGCCGUCUCCGGGGAACCCGCCGGACGCCUGUGCCUCUAACGCUGCCUCCACCGUCGCCGUGUCUGCCUCAGGAUGAGGCGUGCGCGGGCGCCGGCGGUGGCAGCGAUGAGAGCCCGGGUGCCGACAGCCCCCACCUGCACACGCUGACGCAGCCCAUAGUGGUCACGGUGCCGCGGCUGCCCCCCAGGCCACCCAAGGGCGUCCCCGGCAGAGCCAUGCGCCCCGAGCCUCCCGCGCCGGGCCCGGGGAUCCUGGAACCCGCGCCGGUGGUGGCGCUUUUGUUGGCCGCCUUCGUUCUGGGCGCCGCUCUGGCCGCCGGGCUCGGCCUCGUCUGCGCGCACUCAGCGCCCCCACCCCCUGGCCCGCCCCCGAGAGCCUCGCCCAGCAGCCCCCCGCCCAGGAGGCCCCAGUGAUGCAGAGAUGGCGCGCUCCCAACAAGGUCCGGAGAACACAGCAGCCACGGCCUCGAACCAGGCCCGCCAGGACCUGGGACUCCAUGGGGCUAAGAUCCCUGCGCCCCGCCCCACCCCUUGCUCCUCCUCCCACCCUCCCAC